CCAAGUCCUUUAUGUUGACGGUUGUUUCGCUCCGCACUUCAAUAUUGUAAUCAUAUCGAUUUGUGUUGCAUAGUUAACUCAAGUACUCCUACACUUAUCAAAGAGAAUUGCUCGAGACAGCAGAUAUGGUGCAACGCGUGUGUGUUAUUGGUGGGGGCAGUUCCGGCCUGACCUCCAUCAAGAGCUGUUUAGAGGAAGGUCUGGAGCCCAUCUGCUUUGAGAGCAGUGAUGACAUUGGUGGAUUGUGGAGGUUCAAGGAGAACCUGGAAGCAGAGAGGGCCAGUAUCUAUUCAUCUGUCAUUAUUAAUACGUCCAAGGAAAUGAUGUGUUUCUCUGACUACCCCAUCCCUGCCCACUUCCCUAAUUACAUGCACAACUCCCUCAUCAUGGACUACUUCCGCAUGUAUGCCGAGAAUUACCAUCUCACCAAGCACAUACGCUUGCAGACUAAGGUUCUUCAGGUAAAGCCAAGACCAGACUUCUCACAAUCAGGCCAGUGGGACGUGGAGACAGAGAACAGGAAAGGAGAGAAGGAGAGACACGUCUUUGAUGCUGUGAUGAUCUGUGUUGGACACCACUGUCACCCCAACCUACCUCUACAUGACUUUCCAGGUAUCGACACAUUUGAGGGCCAGUACAUCCACAGCCGGGACUAUAAGACGGCUGAAGACUGGAAGGGGAAGAGGGUAGUGGUGAUAGGCAUCGGAAACUCUGGAGGAGACAUUGCAGUGGAGCUCAGCCGGGUUUCUAAACAGGUAUUCCUCAGCACCCGGCGGGGGGCGUGGAUCAUGAACCGAGUGGGAGAACAUGGGAUGCCCACGGACAUGGUUUUUAACAGAAGGAUGUCAAAAAAGGUCAUGUCCAUGCUGCCCUUCAGCAUGCUCUGCAGACUGGGAGAAAACCAAGUCAACAAGAGAUUUGACCACAGCCUCUAUUCUCUUAAACCAAAACACAGGCUGUUCAGCCAACACCCGACAGUUAAUGAUGAGCUGCCGAACCGGAUCCUGUCUGGCACAGUGAGGAUAAAACCCAACAUUCGCAGACUACAGGGGACCAGCGUUGAGUUUGAUGAUGGAACUGUGGAGGACAACAUUGACCUGGUGGUCUUUGCCACAGGCUACAACAUCUCUUUCCCAUUCCUUCCACCGCAUGUGCUGGCGUUGUCUAAAAACAAGGCCACUCUGUAUAAGUACGUGUUCCCCCCAGGGUUAGAGCACCCUACACUGGCCGUUAUAGGGCUGGUGCAGCCAUUAGGAGCCAUCAUGCCCAUCUCUGAGUUGCAGGCGCGAUGGGUCACCAGGGUCUUCAAAGGGGUGACUAAACUCCCUUCAAAGGACAACAUGCUGAAGGACAUUAAACAGAAGGAGGAUUCAAUGGCCAAGAGGUACGUGACCUCCCAGAGACACACCAUCCAGGUGAAUUACAUUGAAUACAUGGAUGAGAUAGCUGACCAGGUAGGUGUUCGUCCCAAUCUCCUGUGGCUGCUGUUAACAGAGCCUGGUCUGGGUCUCCGUGUGCUGCUGGGGCCCUGCACUCCGUACCAGUACCGUCUGAGAGGGCCAGGACAGUGGGACGGGGCCCGGCAGGCCAUCCUGACCCAGUGGGAUCGGGUAGCACAACCCCUUCGGACCAGGCCUUCGGAGAUCUCCGAGCACAAGCAGAGGUCUCUGCCCCUGGCCCUAACCUUAGGGGCUGCUACACUGGCUCUGGGGUACUACUGGGCCAUGCAAAACCACCCCUCCCUCCUAAAUGACCUGGACCCCAGCCCCCUGCUGGACAAGAUCAAACCCUACCUUGCAGUGCGCUGGUAACACAUUUGGGAUAAUGCCCAGGCUAUUACUGGGUGUUAACCCAGCCAUGUUAGCCCAUUUAGUUAAACCUUCAGCCAUUCCACACAGCUAUUACAUUCCAGUCCGAUACCAGUAUAUCUGCAUAACCACUUUGUGGCAACUGUUGAUGUUGAAAGGGCUUUAUGAAAUACAGAACAGUGUCCUAAUUUUUGACUGGUACUGUACAUUAGAUUUUUUUCGAAUGAAGUGUAACAGCUCACUGUUAGCUUGAAAUGUUGAAAAACAGUUAGAUCAAAUUGUUGGUAUGUACAAGGCUGAUUUUUCAUGUGUUGCUAAAUACCAGGUUGAAGUCCAGUAUGGGGACAGGGUGGUGGAUGAAAUCACACUGACCCCAUUACAUAGGCACAACUAAAUCAUCUAUGCUAGUGAUGGUAUAGUACAGAUGUGAAAUGACUGAGGUCCCAAUGUGCUAUGUUUUGUAAACACUGGGUUGGUUGACUAAUUUCCAUUAACACUGAUAAUAAUUACAACCAGGUAGUUGUUGUGACAGAUGCAAGCUCUACCUAUCUGUCUAAUCGUGGAUUUUAAUGUCAGCAGAAUCAAAACCAGAAAUGCUUUACUGAAUGGAUGCAGAUAGUUGGAAUAAUACACUUAUACAAUUUUAGUGUUUCAUUUUGCAUUAUCCACCUUAACAGGUUGAAUAUCAAAACUGUUGGUGCAUAGGACCACAGUGCCUCUGAGCAGUAUGUUGUAAUGUCAUUUAAUUCACUUAUUUCAUAAAUAUAAUUAAAUAAAAUUCCAAAUGA